AUCUGCUCAAAGCCAGCUGAAGGAGUGCUGCUUCUACCUACAUCCUUGUUUCAGUCUUUAAAACGUCCCUGUGAAACAAUGCUUAUUCAUAUCCACUUGCAAGAGCAGAAGGUUCAGUUGGUGUGACCUCCAGCAGCUGGGUGACACUGAGGGAUGGAAUCCUAAACUACCACGUGUCUAUGAGCAGAGCGUGAGUGUCAUAAUUCAAGGCCCGGAAUCUCCCAAGUACAACUGCAAGCUAAGAGCAUGACCACCAAAAAAAGACUGGAAAGCCAAGUUCGGAAGAUGGGAGGCCAUGGCAACUUGAACAAAGCCACAAGAACAGGUGGGAGGGACACAUGGGACCACGCAAGGCAUUGCGUGGAUAAAACGCCUCCGCAUGCACAGAGCUGGCGGUAUUUUAACCUGAGGAAGAUUCAGGAGGAUCAGAAGCGAAUCAGUCAGAUUGAAAGAGAGAAUAAGAGGCUCGUGGAGAGCCUUGCAGCCAUAGAGCGAGGGCCGGCCAGGGUGGAUUGUUGGAAUGCAUUGCAGAAAAGGUCAAACAGCGACAGGCUGAACAGGAAAAUAAUCACCAUCACUGUGGAAAAUCAAGGCCUUUUGAAAAAGCUCGUUAACUGUAAGCCUAUCUAUGAUCAGAAGAAGUACGGAACUGGACGGCAGAACACCAGGCAGUUAAAAUAGACUAGCACACAAUGCUGCGCCUCCUGCCAGGAGAAUGAGGAUGAAGGUAGAUCUGUCACAAAAUCUGCCACUGUCACUCUUCCAAGUCGCGUCCCCUUUGGUGGCUGUGCUGGGCCAGGAUUGCAGCAGCUUCCUGCCAAAGCUGAUGGGCCACGACCACGUGAGGGAAUCCUUGU